GCAAGAUGUUGGCACUAAACACUAACGAUAUAGUGGGGCUCUGUGCUCUGCUAGGCUGUUCUGCUGCCACGGUAGUGCUGCUAUUGCGCUGGUUAGAUAGGAAGCGGAUUGGCAAACAGGUCAGGCUGGCCCGGGCGAGGAGGGACGCUGCCCUCGGACGUAUGGAAGAAGCAGUGAGGCGCUUGUCUGCGGAACAUCCAGUAGCUGAUCCAGAAGGUAUCUUGUCUCUGUCUCUGCCUGAGCUGGCCAGUAAGCUGAAGGAUGGUUCCCUUUCUCCAGAAAUGGUUCUUCAUUCCUACAUGAGAAAAGCCUUGGAUGUCACUUCUGAGCUGAACUGUGUGACUGAUUACCUACCAGAGUGUGAGACCCAGUUGGUGCAUCUUAGGGGUCAAAAAACGAAAGGCCUUCUCUAUGGCGUGCCCAUAAGUCUGAAGGACAACUUCAAUUAUACAGGGCAUGAUUCCACCCUUGGUCUACUUAAUCAGUUGAACCGUCCAGCCUGUGAAGACAGUGUUAUUGCGAAGGUGUUGAAAGUACAAGGAGCUCUUCCGUUUAUGAAAACCAAUAUACCUCAAUCAAUGUUAAACUAUGACUGCAGCAAUCCUAUUUAUGGCCGCACACUAAAUCCUUUAAACCAUAAGAAGACUCCAGGAGGAUCCUCUGGAGGGGAGGGAUCACUCAUUGCAGCAGGAGGCUCGAUUCUUGGCAUUGGCUCCGAUAUUGGGGGCAGCAUACGUUUCCCAAGUGCUUUCUGUGGUAUCUGUGGCUUUAAACCCACUGCAAACAGACUCAGUAAGCUGGGAGUGAAGACUAGCUCAGCUGGACAGAAAUCAGUGGCAGCAAUGAUUGGACCAUUAGCAAGAGAUGUAGACAGUCUGGUGUUAUGUAUGAGAGCUCUACUGUGUGAAGAAAUGUUCCAGCUGGAUCCAACUAUCCCACCUCUGCCAUUUAACGAAGAGAUUUAUUCCAGCACUCGGCCUCUUCGCAUUGGUUAUUAUGAAACAGAUGAUGCUACAAUGGCCACUCCAUCAAUGAAACGUGCCGUGCAUGAGACCAAAGAACUGUUAGAGAGAGCAGGCCACAAAAUGGUGCCAUUCACUCCUCCAUCAGUGGAAAAAUCCAUGUUUGAACUGAUUGUGAAAGGACUUUUAGCAGACGGUGGCUCCACUUUCCUGGAUAAUUUUAAAGGCGACCAAGUGGAUCCAAACCUAAAAACUCAGGUUUCAACAUAUGGUCUUCCUUACUGGCUAAAAAUCUUUAUUUCUUUCAUUGUUAAACCAGUGUUUCCCAGGUUAUCAAAACUUCUGCAGAAUAUAAAAGGUAUCAGAUCUGUUAAAGACCUGUGGAAGCACCACCUGGAAGUGGAGGCAUACCGCCAAGAAUUCAUAUCACAGUGGAAAAAGCUGGAGAUAGAUGCUGUCUUGUGUCCUAUUCUGAGCCCGGCUUUAACUAUUGGAUAUCCUGGAAAACUGUCAACGGCUGUAUCAUACACAAUUUUGUAUAACUUGGUGGACUUUCCUGUGGGGGUGGUGCCUGUUACAACAGUGACCAAAGAUGACGAGGAAGGACUAAAAGCCUACAAGGGUCACAAAAAGGAUUAUUGGGAUAAACUGCUAAAGGAGGCUUUAACGGACAGUAUUGGCCUUCCUGUUUCUGUGCAAUGUGUGGCUUUACCAUGGCAAGAGGAACAGUGCCUUCGCCUAAUGAAGGAAGUGGAAACACUUACACAAGAAAGAAGAACGAGUAACUUCUAAAACAUUUCACAUUUUUUUGUAAAGGGUAAAAUAGACAGGCCAAAGAUUCUGUUUGUAAAUAGCACAUUAGCAAACUGACAAUUUUCUAGAACAGGUUUUAAGAGUAAUAUAAGCAAAUACAUUUUGUGAUGGACUGCAACUAAUAAAAAUGUUAAUUAAGAGUCAUACAAUUUCUUUCUUUUUACUUGCAUGUAGAUGGUUAAGAACUGCCUCCUCAAGCAGUAUUAAAAAUAUGCCUUUGCCCACCUA